ACUAAAAGAGCUGUGCGAGCAAAUAUACGAGUAAUAAGAAGGCGGUCUUGGAGGCACACACAAUAUCACAAUAUCGCUAUCUACAGCUCUUAGAUCAGUGGAUUUGUAUAAACAAAAGUUUACUAACUGAAGAUAUCAUUUACAGGUGUUUUGGUGCUAGCGUCGUGUACAAAAGUAUCAGACUGGACUGCCAACAACAGCAAAGGAUGACAGCACUUGAGCGAUGAGAAUUCAACAUCAGAUCUACAACGCAAAGCUUGUUCGCUUUCCCUCGUUGCUGUAAGAUGCAGGAAGGUUUUAAUGGAUCUGGGGAUGAUGUUCAUCUUCAAGUAAAAAAAGCAUACCAAGUGCAAACCAAAAUAGAUAUAAAUUCAAUAAGUAAUUUACGGGAUUUCCGACAGAACCAUACUAACUGCUCUCAGUGUAUGAAAGAAAAAGAGAGUUUUAUAGAAGUACCAGGAAAAGUUACACCACAAACGGUGGACUGUUCUAGCAGAAAAGGAAACAAGUCUUGUUCAAGCAAGCAAACAUGGACUUCUUGGCAGAGAAGAAUCGCUUGUGACACUCGCUCUUGUAUGUCACCUUGUGCUACGUCAAACACAAAGAAAACGUCUUUAAAUGACACGAACUUUGAAAGACGACUGCAUAUUGACAUUUUAAUGUCCGAUACAUGGGUAAACGUCUUUCAGAUAGUACUAUCUUAUAUUGUUUUGUUGUAUGGGAAAAGCUGGUCGCGACUAGUGGCAGCAAGCAAGAAUAAGAAUGGGAUAAUGCGGAUGCAUGCAAACACGUUGUACAGUAUUUGGAUGUUUUUCUCUUUAAUUUGCUUUGCAAAUGCAACGAGUAUUUCUACUACUGUCUUCACUACAGAAAGUAUCAGCUUAUCCAGCACUGUUGUAAACAAUACUUCCAACACUGCCAUCUCUCCUACUACUGUCUUCGCUACAGAAAGCAGCAACUUAUCAAGCACUGUUGUAAACAAUACUUCCAACACUGGCAUCUCUCCUACUACUGUCUUCGCUACAGAAAGCAGCAACUUAUCCAGCACUGUUGUAGAUAAUGGUACCAACACUUCCAUCACUCCUUCUGCUGUCUUAACUACAGAGAGUAUCAACUUGUCCAAUACAACAAUCAAUGCAACAGUAAAGGUUAGCAUAUUACCAAGUACGCUAUUCGUUUCUUCUGACCAAGUAAUAUCAACAGUAGUAUCAGCAUCAGUGAAUUUCACAAGGAACUUUGCAGUGUCAAUAACACCAUCGAUUAAUUUCACCAUGUCUACGAUAAAUUCAUCUCUAAAUUACUCACUAAUGGCGUCUUCGGUAACACCCAACUCUACUGUAAUGGUGGUGAGUAGGUCUUCCUCGAUAUCUGUUCCAUACAAGCCAUGGACGAAUGAGUCAAUCCGUACCAUAAACGUGACCGUCAAGAUUUUCAAUGAACGCUUUAGUGUCGAUUUGAUAUCAAGUAACACCAGCGCGUACACUAAUCUAUCAAAGAGAGUGAGAAAUACGUUUGACCGUAUCUUUUCCGAACAACCAGGAUACAUUAACAUCACCGAUAUCAAGUUCAGUAACGGAAGUGUUGUGGUUAAGUUCCAAGCGAACUUCAACUUAACUUCAAAUAUGACCGCACUGGAUGCGAAGACAGAGAUUAUCAAUCGAAAUGGAAGCAGAAACAUUGAAAAUUUUAUCUUUUCAAGUGAUGUAAAGGCAUUUG